CCCGCUGGACCAGCUCUCCCGGUGCCCGCCCGCUGCCCCCCCCCACUCCAGACAGCCAAGUCAUAGCCUCCGGGGCACCUUCAGGAAAGCGGGUGGUGGGUCCAGAAUUCGGAGACCAGAAAGUGAACUUCCGGGCAGAGAUGGCCCUGCAGAGUCAGGUGUGGUCUCCAGCCACUCCCAUGCCCAUGGCGGAGAGCUCCCUCUACCGGCAGCGGCUAGAAGUCAUCGCCGAGAAGCGGCGGCUGCAGGAGGAGAUCCGCGCCGCGCGCCGGGAGCUGGAGGAGGAGAAACUCCGCGUGGAGCGGCUCAAGAGGAAGUCUCUCCGGGAACGUUGGCUAAUGGACGGGGCAGCUGCAGAGCCAGAGCCGUCCGAGGACCCCACCUCGAAGGACCCCCAGUCACCGGAGGGCCAGGCUCAGGCCCGAAUCCGGAACCUGGAAGACAGUUUAUUCACACUCCAGUCCCAGCUGCAGCUGUUGCAAAGUGCUUCCACAGGUGCCCAACACAAGCCCUCAGGCAGGCCCAGCUGGCGCAGACAGGGUCACCGUCCUCUCUCCCAGCCCAUCAUCGAGGCAGGUUCUGCAGGCCAGACUGAUCUGAACAAGAGAAUCUCCCUGCCGGCCGGACUAGUGGGCACGCCGCCAGAGUCCCCCUCUGAGCCCAGGGAGGAUGUCUUGGGGUUUCUGCCAGCCCCAAGGCAGGUCCCCAGGGCAGCAGGGGACUCCUCAGAAGCCAAUGGCCCCUGUCCUGGCCUGAGCCCCCCUCCAGAGCAGGGGCCAGGUCAGAGGGCAGUGCCAUCCCAAGGGCAGGUGGCCGAGGUCAAAGGAGGGGGCGUGGUGAGUGUGGUGUGGGAGGGGCUGAGGGCCACGGAGGACUGUGCCACAGGGGCCACAGGCCCCGAGCUGGAGGCUAAGGUGGAGGAAGUGGUGCUGGAAGCCAUCGGAGACAGGAAGAGAGCUGGCAGCCUGGAGCUCCCGGGCUGGGUGAAGGAGGACAGGGGCAUUGUGGAGGUGGUCUGGGAGGGGGUGGGCAGCAGCGACACAGAGGCCGUGGGGGAGGUAGGCCGGGUCCCCGAGGCCAUGCAGACCAGCUUGCCUAGGCUUCAAGAGAGAUUAGAGGCAGCAGCUUCCAGAAAAGGGGAAGAUGUUCCCAGGGGCAGCCCUGAGGGUGACGGGCCGGGGGGCUCCGGAGGAGAGGAGGGGUCCUUCAUUUGGGUGGAGAGAGUGACUCUCAGCGAGGAGUGGGAGGAGCUGCUGGUGGAAGGGUUGGAAGGGCCCGUGGUGGCAGGGAGGGAGGGAAGCGGCGAGAGUCUGUCGGGGGCUCAGGGGGCUGUGACGGGAGGAGGCGAGGAGUCCUGGGAGGCAGAGAAGAGGAAAGCAGAAGAAUCCAUGGGCAGAGCAAGUGAGGAAAAGCCAGAGACAGAGAGGGAGGGCGUGGAGAUGUCGCCGGCGGUAGAGAGGAAAGGGGAGGGGUGGAAGUUGGAGCUGGAGAGCAGAGGCGGUGCAGAAGAGCUGGGGACAGAGAGGGAAGGAGUGGAGGGACCACUGGGCGUAGAGAGAAAAGAAGUUGAGGGAGACUGGAGGGCAGAGAAGGAAGGAGGUGAGGAAGAGCGGGGGGCAGAGAAGGAGGACGCAGAAGAACCACGGGGAGUAGAGAAGGAAGGAGGUGAGGAAGAGCCAGAGGCAAGCGAAGAACCACUGCAGGCAGAGGGAAGGGGAGAGGAGGGACCAUUGGAGGCUGAGGGAAGGGGAGGAGAUGAACCACUCGAGGCAGAGAAGACCCAAGGGGCCAAGGAAGGUCUGAGUCUAGAACGACAGGAGUCCAGGGAAGGAAGUGAAUCCCAGGCAGAGGAGGUGAGUGAGGCAGGGACUCCCCUUGAGGCUAACACGGAGACACGGCCAGAGGAGGAGGAGGAAGGACCUCCGUCUCAGGAGAAGCCGGUAGGAGCCCUGGAGGAGGCAGUGAAGCCCCAAACCGCUGCUGAGGGCCAAGUCCCCUUGGGGGAUGCCACACCCCUUCUGGCCGAGACCCCAGCUCCAGAGCAGCACGCCGAAUGCCAGCCACUGCUUCGGGGGGAGGGGCCCAGCGCCAACCCCAGUGCCCACCCUGUGCCCACCUAUGCGCUUGCCCGGCAGCCUGAGGCAUCUGCCCCCACCGAGGGUGAAGAGGCCAGUGGCCCUAAGCAAAAGACGUGCCAGUGUUGUGCAGUCAUGUGAGCCCGUGCCCCUGCACCCCACGUCUGCUCCUCUCAGCUACCUCGGCCUCUUGGCACCCAGAAGAGGAUCCCAGGCGCAGACAGGGCACCACAGGACUGGCCAUGGCACCUGGGAGCCAGCUAGCCCGAACGUCCACCUACACCUGGGCUUCCGGACCCCUUGCCCAUUGCCUGUGACCCUGGCCGCCUUCUGCGAUGAAGCCUUUAUACUUGAAAAUAAAAGGUGAAAGCACUCA